CCCGCCCCGGCUGCCACGGAGAAAAGUUCGCUGUCAAAGUCCACGGACACAAUGAACUGUUGAUCCGGACCAGGUCUAGUGGUCCAAGUGCUCCGGACCCCAGCAGCAGACUGCCGUCAUGUCGGAACCCAGCAGAACCGGGAGUCCAUUCCUCCGGCCCCGCUGUCUGUCCGCGGCCGCCCCGCCGGGCAGAGCCGCGCUCACACACCCCGGGAAGGCCAUCCUGGCAGGUGGGAUUGCAGGAGGUAUAGAGAUCUGCAUCACCUUCCCCACAGAGUACGUUAAAACACAGCUGCAGCUGGAUGAGAAGGCAAAUCCUCCCAAAUACAGAGGAAUCGCGGACUGUGUGAAGCAGACCGUGAGCAGUCAUGGGGUCCGGGGACUCUACAGAGGCCUGAGCUCUCUGCUCUAUGGAUCCAUACCCAAAGCAGCCGUCAGGUUUGGGAUGUUUGAGUUCCUCAGCAACAAGAUGCGAGAUGAGAGCGGGAAGCUGGACAGCAAGAGAGGAUUCCUCUGUGGCCUGGGAGCUGGAGUCGCAGAAGCUGUGGUCGUCGUUUGCCCCAUGGAGACGAUAAAGGUGAAAUUCAUCCAUGACCAAACUUCAGCAAACCCAAAGUACAGAGGCUUCUUCCAUGGUGUGAGGGAGAUCAUCAGGUCUGAAGGCCUGAAGGGGACCUAUCAGGGUCUGACUGCCACGGUGCUGAAACAAGGCUCCAACCAGGCCAUCCGCUUCUACGUCAUGACCUCCCUGAGGAACUGGUACAAAGGCGAUGACCCCAACAGAGCCAUCAACCCUGUGGUAACUGGGCUGUUCGGCGCCGUUGCCGGGGCCGUCAGCGUAUUUGGGAACACGCCGCUGGACGUCAUUAAGACCAGGAUGCAGGGUCUUGAAGCUCACAAGUACAAAAGCACUUUGGACUGCGCCGUUAAGAUCAUGAAGCAUGAAGGACCGGCGGCGUUCUACAAAGGUACUGUGCCCCGUCUGGGUCGGGUGUGCAUGGAUGUCGCCAUCGUCUUCAUCAUCUACGAGGAAGUGGUGAAGGUUCUGAACAUGGUGUGGAAGACGGACUGAGUUGGACCCUCGGGUGCUACAGCUUGGAGCAUUGGGACGGCCUGUCCACGUUACUAAACGGGCACAGACCCGUCUGCUUCCUGGUUCUGAUGUCUACCUCCGAGUAUUUUCAAAGUGACUGUACCCCCCCCCCCCC